AUGACCAACGUGCUGACCAAGGUGUUGACCAAAGUGGUGACCAAUGUGCUGACCAACGUGCUGACCAAUGCCAUGACCAAGGUGCUGACCAAUGCCAUGACCAACGUGGUGACCAAAGUGGUGACCAAGGUGCUGACCAAGGUGCUGACCAAUGUGCUGACCAAAGUGCUGACCAAAGUGCUGACCAAUGCCAUGAACAAUGCCACGACCAACGUGUUGACCAAGAUGCUGCCCAAAGUGGUGACCAAUGCCAUGACCAAAGUGCUGACCAAUGUCAUAACCAAAGUGGUGACCAAUGUGCUGACCAACGUGUUGACCAAUGUGCUGACCAAAGUGGUGACCAAGGUGGUGACCAAUGCCAAGACCAAUGUGCUGACCAAAGUGCUGACCAAAGUGCUGACCAACGUGUUGACCAAGGACAUGACCAAAGUGCUGACCAAUGCCAUGACCAGAGUGGUGCCCAAAGUGUUGACCAAUGUGCUGACCAAGGACAUGACCAAAGUGCUGACCAAUGUGCUGACCAAAGUGCUGACCAAGUUGAGUUCACGGCAGCGGUGA